AUGGCGACCUCAUCAGCCCAGAUUAACCCCACUGUAGGCAUCCUUUCCAUCGGUGACAUGGGCAAUGGGGUUGCCCGGCUGCUCCGCCAUCACGAUCACACGAUCUAUACAGUCGCCACGGGCAGAAGGCAAGUUCUUCCAGACCUUCGUCCAGAUGAUAGUACUAGUAUUGAACUCUUUGCUGAGCUGCCUUCACUUUCAAGUCAGCACACUCUUGACCGGAUCAAGGCUUCGCAGAUAACGACCUUGGAAUCAGAUGAACAGCUAGUUGCUGAAGCCGACAUCAUUUUAAGCAUCGUGCCGCCGAGAGAUGCAAUAGCAACAGCGCGACGGGCGCUUGAAGCCUGCCGCUCGCAAACCGCAAUCAAAAGGCGCAGUGAAAGAAGAGGCACCACGGCUGUCUCACAGGCGCCAAGUCUAACAUAUAUCGAUUUGAACGCUAUCAGCCCCAAAACCGCCAGAUCCAUCGCCGCCAUGUUCUCGACACCGAUGACUCCCGCAUCACCUCGACGACUGUCCAUAUCGCGCACUUUCACCUUCCACCCGAGAAGAGAAUCCGAGCCAGAGCUGGAACCCAUAUCAAUUGACUUCCUCGACGGUGGCAUCAUUGGGGGUCCUCCGUCACUCAGACAGGAUCAAUCCUGGAAAAAGCCCUCAGUCAUCAUUUCUGGACCAAAACAUGCGGAACUCCUGACUCCAGCGUUCGUCGAUCUUUUGAACAUCAAAAUCCUCGGCCCCAAAAUCGGCACGGCUUCGGCCUUGAAAUCCUGCUUCGCCUCCUUGACGAAGGGCAUGACGGCGCUUUCCAUCUUGUCAUUCACAACGGCACACACAUGCGGCGUGCUCAAGGAACUGCAGGCUCAUUUGCAAGAAUUCUCUCCGCAAUUAUUGGCAUUCGCCCAGGGGGGGCUGGUGAGCAUGCCGCCCAAAGCGUACCGUUGGGUGGAAGAGAUGCGGCAGAUCAACGAAACCUUCAGCGAAGAAGGUGGGUUCACCAACGCCGUCCUUUCCUCCAACGGAGGCAGUCACGACCACCAGACCCCGAAUAGCACCAUCGUCCCCAGCAAUGGUAAGCACGUGUCUGGCGUCUUUGAAGGCAUAGCGGAGAUAUACAACUUGGUCGCGAACGACACAGUCCUGGGUGAUGAACGGGUCGAGCGCCGCAAACGGGGCACGAACCCCGAGGACGUGGCCGAAUGCGUAAGAGACGGGAUCGCGAGGAAGAAAAGGAAGCUGGCUGGUGAGGAGUCGGAGUUGGAUGCAGCGUGGAGGGGGAGCUGGGGUGCUUGA